CACCUCCGCCUCCCAAAGUACUGAGACAACAGGCAUUAGCCACCAUGCUGGGCCUCAUUUAACCUUUGUAACAAUUUAUAGGAACCAUAAUUGACCCCAUUUUGCAGAUGAGAAAACAGGCCCAGAGAGAUUUAUUACCUGGGCUAAGGUCACAUAGUAAGUUAGUGGCAGGGCCAAAAUUCAUACCCAAACCACAGAAAUCCCCCUCUAAGCACCUUACAUGCAUUGCCUCAUUUAUGAUCAUUAGCCCAGUUUUACAGCUGAGAAACCAAAAGUGACAAAGUGAGUGGAGCCCAGAUUCACCUUUAGGCCCUGGGAGGCGGUGCUCAGAGCCUGCAAUUGGUGAGGUCAGCCCGUGAGGUCACAAUGUUGCCAGGGCCCAGGGGGCAGAGCAGACGGAGUGUGGGCCAUGGUCCCCAGUGGUGACCAGCCCUGCCAUGGGAAACAAUAGUUCCCACAAAAGGACCAAAGCACCCAAGCAGGCCCACAAGGAGAGGCCAGCUGACAUGGACAAGGCCUGGUGGAAACAGUUCCUCAGCCACCUCACUCGGAAGAAGCCGACUACCAGGAUCGUGCUGAUCCUCCCCUUGGACAAGCGACAGCCACUGGCCAAGGCUGGGCGAACGAUUGACUACUCGUCAGGCGCCGGGCUGGGCUCCCCGGCGGCACCCAGGUUGCGCGGAGCGGGAGAAAGCGGCGACCGCGAGCUGAAGAUGCCGGUGCUGCUGCUGCUGCUGCUGCGGCAGGAGGCGCGGCAGCCGGAAGAGGGCGGGGCCAGGGCAGCGCGGAGCUGGCCGCGGCUGCGCUCGCGCCUGCGGUCCCCGGGAAAGGCUCCCAGCGAAGCCGGGCCUGCCAAGCAGCAGCCGCGCAAACGGUGCCGCUGCCCUCGCCCGCGACUCUAAGCGCUUGGCCCAGACCCCGCCCAAUAAAGAGUGCGUGGCAACCCUGG